AGUGUGUCACGCAUGACCAGCAGCCCAUCUGGCCAGAGUGAGGGGUCAGUAGGACACUGCCCACUAGUCACUCCAGCCACUGACCAAACAAAAGUGCAGUGCCAGUGUGUGUCUCCACGUACAUCUCCUGUAUGUGAUACGUCCCUGCCAUGGCUGACCAGUUGAGUGAGAUGACCGAUGCGUGUGACCGCUGUCCCUCCAAGUCCCUCUCUCUCGAGAAGAGUAUCCUCUACAACCUGCUCAUCACACCCACCACCUCAGACGUUCCUCCCAGUUUACCCCACACCCCACGUACAUGUAAUCCAGUCAGCGACCCAGGUGUAGACCCAGGCAGCGACCCAUGCGGCGACCACGGCCUGCUGUGUCCGUGUGGCUGUUGUUCGCACGUUUCCCCCGCCGCUGUCACACUCAGGAACCCCAGCUCUGCGCACCAGCAAGCCUGCCAGGUCCUGCUCAGAACUCUCACCUUCGUUAAGAACCUUCCGGCGUACGCUGACCUCUGUCCCCACGACCGCGCCCUGCUGCUGACCUCCGGCUGGUCCGACCUCUUCACGGUGGGGCUGGCGCAGAGCCGGGUGCACUUUACCACCGAGCCGACAGGAGGAGGCGGGGUGCAGUUCAUCUCCAAGCCACCAGAGGGCGACAGGGCCUCCCACCGCGAGAGCCAGAUCUUCGUGAGGCUGCGGGCGUCGGUAGAUGGCGUUCCCACGGAAACGGAGGUUGCUAAGAUACAGAAUUUUGUGGAGCGUUGCCAGGUGCUGGACCUGGACAUGAAGGAGUACAGCUACCUGAUGGCUGCACUCCUCUUUAACGCAGAUGUUCCAGGCCUGGCAGACGGGAGACAAGUGGAGAUCCUACAGAACAGUGCCCACCAGUCCCUGAACGAGUACACCACUGCCAGAUACCCGCGCCAGCCCCUGCGCUUCGCUCGCAUCCUCCUGGGCCUCCCCGCGCUCCGCAGCAUCAAACCCAAGAUCGUCACCGAGCUGUUCUUCCGACCUCUCAUCGGCGCCAUCGACAUGGAGGUCAUCCUGACGGACAUGCUGCUGAAGGGCUGCUGAUUGGCUCGCCGCCGUCUGGUGCAUGCUGGGAUGUACGCCACACCGGUCAUAGCAGCUUCUAGAUAAAACAAACCUUUGAUCUCCAGAGCCUCGCCUAUGUAGCUGACAAAUUACUUGAUUCCUUGUGGGUAUUUUACGUUGUAAUGAAUAUUGAAGCUGUUUUUCUUCAAUGAAUAUCUUCAACAAAUUGUUAAGUAGAAAACAGUAGAGAAAGUUUGCAGGGUUUGCAGCAUUUAUCCAUAUUGCAGGCCCAGCUUCUGUUUUCUCAACUGAAUGUCUAAUAAGAUGCUUAUAUUGCUGUACUCUGGCCCAAACCUAAUAGUAUCAUCCAGUCAUCUUGACUUCUGUAUUGCUGGUCUGCUUGUUUUUAACACUGGUCAUUUUGGAUUUGGAAAGUCCAAUGCACUUAAUGUGAAAGCCCCAUGUCCAUUUGUUACUACUACUUCUUCUUUUAAGGCCUAACAUUGCAUUUCAUUUGAAAAAACAUAUUUCCCUUUAUAUAUUGUUCCUUUAUUUCAUUGAAAUUGAGAUGUCUGACUCUAAAAAAUGUAUUGGGGGUUCCAAAUUGCUAUUGAAGCUGUCUUUCCCCAUCAGAAGUGACCAGUAUUCUGUGCAGCUUGCUGACUUAUGGAUAAAUAUACUCAGUUCAUCACAAGGCAUGGGUACAGAUUUAUUCUGUCUAUAUACACUUCAUUAUGGGUUAUGAUUACCCUUUACGUGGACGCACGCAGGCAUCAUUAGAAGCAGUUACCAUAUUGUAGAUGAGUUUUUUUCCCUGUGCAAUCGCUGAAUGUGUGUAUCAUGUUACCGGCAGCAGCCAAUAUAUUCCAAGGUCGAAGGAGAUUCCCCCUAGUCUCUGGAGAAUGCCAAGCGCGCAUCAAUUUUCGCCUCGUCAAAUCUCACACAUGACCUUGAGAAGGAAUCUCCGCUGUGGAUACGACCUUUGAGUCAAACAUGGUUGCUGUUUUCUCUCCAAACAAUCCCAUCAUCCACCACGCUGUCUGCACACUGACUGAUGACAUAUACAUGUACAGGGUGAAGAUAUAUAUUUAGUUAAUAGACAACCGUUAUACUGUCUGUACAGAUAGAUAACUCUGGGUUUGUGUAGGCACUGUUGUAGAUUACUCAAAUGAAGUUAUGAAAUUAUGCUGUUGUACCCACAGUUGCACCUACAUUGCCAUAUAUGUUUUUCAAACCAGUUAUGUAGCUUGUAACUUAUGAUGCUUUCAGAACCACAAUUGAAAGAAAACUGUUCUAUUUUCACUAUUGUACAAAGCAAUUAUAUCUGCUGUAGACAUGAAAGCUGUUGAAUAAAAAGUAAGCAUAAAAACCUACUGCUAUAUAGGAUCUAUAAUUUACAUCCAUAUGAAACGUUGCCAGCUGGAAUAGCUGAUAGAAGUUAUGCUUAUAUAAUUAUAAAGUGAUGUUGAUUAUAUUCGAUAUCCAGUGUUGAGUAGGUAGAAAGGUGACACGCUGAAAUAUGUGUACAAUACUUGAUCAUGAUGUUUAAAGCGGAUAUUUUAUUGUUUAACUGAGAGGGACCAAGUUUCAUGUUGCAUGUUGUGUAGGUGGCUGAGUAAAAACUGGAAUAGUUUAAAUUUUUCAGGAUAGUGACUUUGAAGGUUUAGCCAUGCUGGUAACUGGUUAUCCCUUCUGCUACAAGGUGAAUGUUUCUGUGAAAAUUUGAACAGUUGAUAUUAUAUAUAUCUGUCAUUGUUACCCUGCCAUGAAAACUAGAAUAUUAUCAACUUCAUGCACCCUCAAAACUGUACAAGCGAGGAGGUUGUAGCCCAACAACCUUCUUAGUACAAGUGACCACUUCUACAGAAAUGGGCCAUAUGGCCACUUACUGGUGGUCCCUUAGAUAAUUUUUCCCAUUGACACAAUAAUUAAGAACUCUCUCUGUAGCAAUCACCAUUCACAUAGAUCAAAUUGUAUCGGUCCCCUGAGUGGUCCACUUAACUACUUUGGCAGUUUUGACUAAACUUUGCUCUGAUCAUGUUGACUGGCUUUUAAAAUGCUGAAAAUGAAAAUGGGGCCUGGCAUGGUGUCUUGACAACUGGAGUUAUGACAGGAUGUCUUGGGUUCCAAUUCCUGACAAAUUAGAUAUUCGAUGUUAUCAUUAUUAAUAUUUCAUACAGAGGUUAGGCUGGGGUCAAGGAGAGAGAGGUCCCACUGUUGCAAUAUCAAUGUUUCCAAGUGUUUUUUUUUGUGUGUGUGUUUGAUGAAGGAAAGGAAAAGUCCAAUGCAGCUUUCUUUUGAGAGAAAAAAAGACCACUAGAAUGUAAAGGUAAUGAGCAAGAGUUGUACAACAGUAUUUUCUUUAAAAGUAGCCAUAAUGCUAAGUUUCAACAAUUGCAGUUGAUGGUUUAUCUGCUGAACUGUCAUGUUAUAAACAAGUAUUCUGUGCAUUUGUGUUUGUAUAUUUCAAGUGGAACAAGUACUUGAUUGAUGAAUAAGUACUUGAUCAAUGAUGUAACAUGUGCAGGGAAAGGCUUUAUCUUUCUAUGCCUAAGAGUUAAGACUGGUUGUGAAGGUUAAGUUGGGAGAUUUGGGGUUGUUUUUGUCUGGUGUAGGGAGCUGAAGGUCUGAUAUUUCUACACCUGGAGGGUUUACUUCAAUUCAAUAUAGCGUUAUCUGUAUAAUACUGCUUGGUUUAGCCAUUGCUGCAUUGUGUGAAGUGUUCAGUUCCAGCUAGUAAUAUUUUCAUGAGUUUGAGUUGAGUUGUUCAAUAAAACAAGAUAAGAAGUUC